GAACAAAUAUAAAACUAGUGGACAAAGAAAUAAAGAAAAACACUAAUUUCUGAAUUUAUCAAUAAAUACCCUACGCAUAACUUUGUUAUUGUACAUUUUCCAAUUUCAAGACAAGAAAAAACUUUUUUCUUUAAGACAAAAGAAACAUGGAUUUCUUCACCGAUCAAGUAAAGAAGAAGUUCUCCGACAAGAAACCGGAGAGCUCGGAUCCGGAACCGAACCACAACAAGAACAAACCAGAUCACACCGAGCCAACGACACAUAAACCGGUUUCCAACACCGAUCCAACAGCACAUAGGCCAGCUUCCAACGCUGAGCUCAUGGCUAGUGCCAAGAUCGUAGCCGAAGCUGCUCAAGCCGCUGCUCGUAACGAGUCAGACAAGCUGGACAAAGCUAAAGUCGCGGGAGCCACCGCUGAUAUCCUUGACGCCGCUUCUAGAUAUGGCAAGCUCGAUGAAAAGAGUGGUGUUGGUCAGUACCUCGAGAAAGCUGAACAAUAUCUCCACAAGUACGAAACUUCCCACUCUCACUCCUCCGGCGGCGGAAGCCACGGUACUGCUGGAACCGGUGGAAGCCACGGCGGUGUUGCAACCGGGGGAAGCCACGGCGGUGUUGGAACCGGGGGAAGCCACGGUGGUGGAGCUGGAGCACCGGCGUCUAAGAAAGAAGAUGAGAAGUCCGGAGGUGGCCAUGGGUUUGGAGAUUAUGCUAAGAUGGCUCAAGGUUUCAUGAAGUGAUCCAUUAACGUUUUAAUUAGUAGAGUAAAAAUAAUGAUGUCUGAUCAAUUAACGUUUUAAUUAGUGAGUAAAAAUAAUGAUGUCAGUAAUGAUCUUCUAUAAGUGGUUUUAUGAAUUAGUCACUGUUGGAUACUUGGAUUUGUGUAUGGUUGAGGAACAUUAUGAUGAUGUAAGUACUUUCUAAAUUAUUUUUUUUUUAGAUAUUUUUCUUGUUUUU